AUAAUAAGUUGUUUAAUAGCUCUAUGCUCUGAACGUAGAGUUUAAGUCAACUACCACACAAAAUGUCUGAAUUCCUGUUACUAAAUACUGAUUUUACAGAUAUAAAUGGCCGGAGAUGAAAGGAAAACAAAUCCAUGUGAUUUAGUAUGUUCAGAAGCAAGGAAUAAUCAGGCAGAAGAAAGAAAACUUUCAAGUGCUACUGCAUCUGCAUUUAGUCAUGUAUUUGCAGAAACCCCUCCUGCAUUUGGCAUGAGUGUGAUGAUCAACACUAUAGCAAAAAAAUACAAAUCUGUGCCAGGCCUGUCAACCGAUGUGGUCUACAAAUGGUUGCAAGAAAUUCAUCAGCAGGGCAAGUCGAACAAACAGCACCUCCUUCUUUGUGAUAUUCGACCACCGCACGAGUACAACAUCAGUCAUAUUCCUGGUGCACUUCAACUCGACCCUGACAUCCUCGACAUGAAAGCUGUUCAACAGCUUCUUAUCACACAUGCAAGAAAAAAUGAAUUUCCUUCUGAUGCUGAGGUGAAAGUUGUAAUGUACUGUUCAGUCGGAUAUCGGUCCUCUGUAAUGGUGAAUCGUUAUCUGGAAAGUCAUAAACAGAAACUUAUAGAUGAAGACACGUUUAAACUCUUCAACUUGGAAGGUAGCAUCUUCAAAUGGGGAAAUGAGAAACGUCCAUUGGUUGAUAAAGACGAACAAAUCACUCAGCUGGUACACCCAUUCAGCCCUAUGUGGGGUAAAAUGCUGUUUAAGGAUAUAAGGGCCUAAGAUUUUUGUCAUUUACUUAUUUAGCACAAUUGUGGGCCUUGUGAAAUGCAAAACAUAUUUUUACAUUGAAUAUGUUAGGUAGCCUUAAAUGAUAAAAACAUAAUGUUCAGACAUACAAGCUAUACCAUUCAUUGAGAUAUACAUCUAACAUUAUUUUCUUACUGUAAUUUUUAUUGGAAGCUGCAUAUUGAUAAAAUACAUGAAUGUAAAUUUUAUUUCUCAUGUUCUUAUCAUCAUUCAAUCCAUCUUUUGAUUUCUGUGUUUGUUUAAAAUCUGUAAUAUCAAACUAUAUAAAAGGUCUGUAAUGAUGAAGUGGAAAAAGCUAAGAAUGCAUGGAUGAACACAAGUGUGCGUACUGUAUUCUCUACCUCUCAUAUCAGUCGACCCAGCUUUGGAAGGAUCAAACAAUUUUAACCUUGUCCAAACUAUCAAAAACUGUUGUAUGCAUAUAUAUAGUCAUGAUGUGGCUAUAUAUGGUCAUGAUGUGAUGUCAUCAUGACCAUGUUUAAGCAUGUCACAUGUUUUUGUCAAAUAACAUUUUAUAGUCCAGGUAUUUUAGAUAUUCCCAGUGAGAUACAGAUCAAAACAAUUCCUUUUUUUACUAAUGUACAGACUUUACUACAGAAAUACUUCGAUUGAUUAAAAAGCCAACUAAAAGGU